UGAAGAUGCAUCAGUUGAGCAGCAAGCAUGCACGUCGUAUUUUGUUUUUGUUUUGAAGAAGUUUUCCCUUCGUAAGUUAAUCAAGUUAUACGAAAAUUAAAAUAAUGAACGAUUUCACUCUGAAAUCGAUCGCAACGGAUUUGGUACCGUCCAAUUAUCUCUCAGUGGCCAACAACGCACGUGUCAAUCGAGACAGACAGAUAAAAGUGCUGCUGGAAAAGAAGAAGCUUCCGGAGAAUGGCUGGGACAAUUCCACAAUUGAAUAUUUCGUUAACGAACUGGCCCUUAUGGAUAGUAACAAUUUUCCUAAUCGAUGUGGCGUUGGUGAACGCGAAGCCAGAGUUGCAUGUGAAUUAGUUCGCCGUCGACACUACAAUUUUGCCCACGGUAUAGGGAGAUCAGGUAACCUUACAGACGCUCAGCCUAAAGCUGCAGGUUCAACGAUUUUGAAUAAUCUCACAAAUGCUUUGGUGCUGGAUCUGAUUCGGAACAUGGGAGUCAGUAGUUGUAAGCGAGCCUUGUUGGUUCCAUUGGCCACUGGUAUGGCUGUAAUGAUGACGUUAGUUUCGCUGAAAGCGAAACGACCAAACGCGAGGUACGUCCUGUGGUCCAGAAUAGAUCAACAAUCGUGCUUCAAGAGCAUUCAAUCUGCUGGUCUCACUCCAAUUGUCAUAAAUACGGUACCGGUGGAGGAAAAAGGAGAUCCCGUUGUGGGAACCGAUCUAGAUACAUUUCGGGAUAAGAUUAGCGAACUAGGUCCUAGUAAUGUGUGUUGCGUUCUAGCGACGACUAGUUGCUUUGCACCUCGUACUUGUGAUAAUAUUAUAGAACUGGCACGAAUAUGCCAAGAACAAGACAUUCCUCACGUUGUCAACAACGCUUAUGGGUUGCAAAGUACCUAUCUCACGCAUCAAUUGGAACAAGCCGGCAGAAUUGGGCGAGUAGAUGCUUUCAUUCAGAGCACGGAUAAGAAUCUACUGGUCCCCGUUGGAGGUGCUAUCAUCGCGGGAUUUGAUAAGACAGUUGUCGACCAUGUUUCCAAACUUUACCCUGGAAGAGCGUCAAGUUCACAAUGUUUGGACGUGUUAAUGACUCUACUGUCACUUGGAAACACUGGUUACAAAAAUCUGGUUGUUAAACGAAAGGAACUGCAUCAGUAUCUACUGAAACAAAUGAUUGAAGUGGCCGAAUGUCACGGUGAAUCGGUGAUUUCUGGAAAGAAUCCCAUCUCGAUGGCUUUCACUUUAAAGACGUUCGGCCCGAGCCAGCAAAUGAUUGGAUCCAUGCUACAUAGGAGAGGCGUUUCCGGUUGUCGGGUCGUAACGGGAAAGGAUGAAAAAUCCAUUGCAGGAGUGAUGUUUAAGGCAUGGGGUGCUCACCAAGACGAUGCAUGUGGGUCUUAUUUGACGGCCAGUGCUGCACUGGGUAUCAACGUAGAAGAGAUAGACUGUUUCAUCAGCAAACUGGAACAGGUCUUGAAGGAAAGGAGAAUCAGCGAACCCUCCUAAUGAC